UACAAGCUAGAGACCGUGCGACCUGCGCUGUUCAUAAUGUUGCGGUGGGGACUCUGAGUGCAUCAGUCUGUCCGGAGCAGACGGAGGGAGAAGUGAGAAGGAGGCGGACGGAGGAGCGCAGCGGGCUGCUUCUCUGCUGGAGAUGCCACUGGAACUCAUCCCGACGGAGGCAAAGUGCAGCGGCUCUUCUCGCGUUGUUUCACCGAUAAAUCCAGCAAAGCCCCGGUAAAAGUCUGGUCCUGAAGGUGCGGAGAAGUCUCAGCUUUAAGCAGAACAGAUGGGUGGGAGCUGAGAUCACAAAGCAACAUGGGUGACGCGUCGUAUUCCGGCCUGGAGAUGACGGCUGAGACGUGGGAGAACGGCAGCUUUGCGAGCCCCUCGCCGGGUCUCCCACUGUUUCCGCUCAUGUUCAACGACAGCGAUCUGAACGACACGCUGUUCAACUCCACCAACUCCACCGCCCCUGAUGCCUUCUCGGGUCCCAGCGUAGCAGGGGUCCUCAUCCCACUCAUUUACAUAAUUGUUUGCAUCAUCGGCCUGGGCGGCAACACUUUAGUGAUUCACAUUGUUCUGCACUACUCAAAGAUAGAGUCCGUGACAAACAUCUAUAUUCUCAACCUGGCCAUCGCCGACGAACUCUUCAUGCUCGGCCUGCCUUUCCUGGCGGUGCAGAACACGCUCCAGUCAUGGCCCUUCGGCUCCUUCAUGUGCCGACUGGUCAUGACUGUCGACUCCAUCAACCAGUUCACCAGCAUCUUCUGCCUGACCGUAAUGAGCAUCGAUCGCUACCUCGCCGUGGUCCACCCCAUUCGGUCUUCUAAGUGGCGGCGGCCUCAGGUGGCCAAAGUGGUGAAUGGCACCGUGUGGGCGCUGUCAUUCCUUGUUGUUCUGCCAGUGGUCAUCUUUGCUAACAUCCAGAAAGCAGGAGGCACCUGUAACAUCGCCUGGCCCCAGCCGGCUAACAUCUGGAGGGCUGCUUUCAUCAUUUACACCUCCACUGUUGGAUUCUUCUGCCCUCUUCUCAUCAUCUGCCUCUGCUACCUGCUCAUCGUCUUCAAGAUCCGCAGCUCGGGGAAGAAAGUCCACGCCACCUCGACCAAGCGGAGAAAGUCAGAGCGGAAAGUGACACGCAUGGUUGUGAUUGUUGUUGCUGUGUUUGUUUUCUGCUGGUUACCUUUCUAUGCCCUCAACAUCAUCAACUUAUUGGUGGCCCUGCCACCAGAGUACCAGGGCCUUUACUACUUUGUCGUAGUGCUCGGUUAUGCUAACAGCUGCGCCAACCCUAUCGUCUACGGCUUCCUGUCAGACAACUUCAAGCGGGGUUUCCGGAAAGCCCUCUGCCGCUCCACGAGGAAGGUGGAGAACCACGAGCCCCUGGAGCACCAGCAGCAGGACGAGGGCAGGAGGGCGCUCAUGCCCAGAGAGAGCCUGAGACGAGCAAUCAGGGAUGAAGAGGAUGAUGAUGAAGAGGUGGUUUCAGAAAUGACUGAGAUAUACAGAAUUGCCCAGAAUGGAAACAGCAGCUACCAGCUGCAGAGCUCGCAGCCGUUAUUCUUAGAGAAAGGCGCAACGCCUGGAGUCACAGAGCUAGCCUCCCCAGAUAGGCGGGAUAACAUGGGGGAUGCGAAAGGGAAAGACGCCAACGGGGCCACCCUGACUGUCCCACUGCUUCUCAACGGAACCAAGGGUGGGAGCACUAAAACGCUACCAGAGGAAAACUUGGAACCAAGCGCAUCAUUGGAGAUAAGUUACCUCUAGUGUAAAAUAUGAACUUUAAGUUUAUGGGACCGAUGUGGAGUGAGUACAAUACAGGGUGGCCUGCUUCUAAGCCAAAAAAAACCCCCAUAACAACCCAUUAAUGAACACUUGGGUGGGUCUUAACAUUUUUUCAUCAGUGUACACAUUAAAAAGCAUGUUUAUAAUGUAAAUUUUGUUUAUAUGCAUGCCUGUAUGUACAAAUAUGUGCCUUUAAUUGGUUUGAUCACCAUUUUUUCUGCUCUUUUAAGCUGUUAUAUUCCAUAAUGUGAAAAUCAUUUGCUCAGGUUUGGCUGUAUUUAAGCUUCAGUCGCCAUCUAGGUUGAUGACAUGGGUGUUGUUACUGCAACUAUUAUAAAACCAAAUGCCUGCAGCUCCAGCUCCUAGAAAUCCUAGUUUGUCUGUUAGUUUCAUUUUGCUGCCGGGAUCACACUUUGUGUUUUCUAUAGAGAGUCAAACAGGUAAAGAGGUGGUCGGGGUGGAUGAACAACAUGCAAAAAAAAAAAAUGUUUCUGAUUGGGUUAGGACAAAAGCACUCAUUUUCACACUCAGUGAAUCCAGGAAAAAGUCAAUGUAUUACAUAUUUUUUGAAUAUGAUUGUUUAAUUUAACAUAACCACCAGCUGCCAGCUCCUAAACAUACUCAGCAUCUCAUUAAUAGUGUCAUUGUCAUGAAUCGCUGUGUGGCAGGCAAGCAGGAGUGGUGGACCCAAAAUGCAGAACUCAGACACGG